CGGAGGAAACGUGCUACCACUACAAAGGUCAUUUUGGUUUGGAAGGGAUGGUUUGAAAUUUGUUAUUUAGAUAUUUUUAAGAAUGGCAAACACUUUAGUUUCAAGUGAUGUUCCAGCUCUUGCUGUCGAUUCUGUUUUAUUUAAAAGCGUUGAAAUGCCGAAGGACGCAUUAACAGUUAAGGGUUAUGACUUCAAUGAAGGAAUAAAUUACCAAAAAAUUAUGGAGAGUUUCAAGUACACUGGAUUCCAAGCAUUGCAUUUUGGGCAAGUUGUUGAAGAAAUAAAUCGCAUGUUGGAGUGCAGAGACUUGCCUUUGGAAAAUGUGAGUGAACACAUUGAUGAGCAGUUUAAACCUAAGACAAACUGUACCAUUUUUCUUGGAUACACAUCUAACAUGGCCUCAGCUGGUAUUCGAGAUGUGAUUCGAUUUCUUGUGCAGCAUAAACUUGUUGAUGUACUUGUUACAACAGCUGGUGGUAUCGAAGAGGAUUAUAUUAAGUGCAUGGCACCUUCUUAUCUAGCAGACUUUAAGAUCAAAGGUGCUGAAUUACGCAAAAAAGGUUUAAACCGCACUGGCAAUUUAAUUGUCCCCAACAAUAAUUACUGCCUUUUUGAAAAUUGGCUUCAACCGAUUUUAGACCAAAUGUUGAAGGAGCAGAAUGAAGAAGGUAUCAACUGGACUCCAUCGAAAAUGAUAGCACGUAUGGGAAGGGAAAUUGAUAACGAGGAAUCAAUAUAUUAUUGGGCAUACAAGAACAAUAUACCUGUAUUAAGUCCAGCACUUACAGAUGGAUCAAUUGGUGACAAUAUUUACUUUCAUAGCUACAAAAAUCCUGGCUUGCGUCUUGAUAUUGCAGAAGAUAUCAGGAAAAUGAACAACUUGGCGAUAUAUGCUAAAAAUAGUGGUAUUAUUAUAAUUGGUGGUGGCCUCACAAAACAUCAUAUAUGCAAUGCAAAUAUGAUGCGGAAUGGUGCAGACUACGCUGUUUACAUUAAUACCGCUGCAGAGUUUGAUGGUUCUGAUGCUGGUGCACAUCCGGAUGAAGCAGUAUCCUGGGGUAAAAUUAAAAUGACUGCUAAACCAGUCAAACUUGUUGCUGAUGCAACUUUGGUGUUUCCAUUGAUUGUAGCAGAAACAUUUGCAAAAUAUCAUUAUGCGAAAAUUCAGAAAUAAGAUUUCCAUGACAUUUUUUUUAUCACAUAGUAACAGUUUGCAUGGUUGUUGUUGUUGUUGUUUUUGUUGUUAUUGUUGUUGUUAUUGUUGUUACUGCUUGUUAAAUUUAUAGGAUUGUGUUUACUAUUUUAUACAUCAUGGUUGUGUUUUGAUUUUUUUUAAAUUUACUUGCUGUUUUUAAAAAAACAAGAAGCAUUUAAAAUGGUGAGAAACUUUUGAUGUGAAAAAUUUUUGCAUCAAAAUAUUAUUAGAAACGUUAAGUUUGUCAUUCUGACCUUUUGAUAUCUUUAUUAAAGCAUAUAUGGAACAUUUGUAUUUCUGAAAAUAAAAUGAAACUGUAAAAAUGUUUUAUAGUUGCAUUUUCAUUUAUUUAACGUUAUAAAAAUAUUGAAUUAUUUUACACUCCAAGUACUUUUGACUUUUUUAAUAACAAUUAUUAUCAGUUACAGUUUCACACUUAAUAUUUUGGUGUUGUGAGAAUUUUCUUUCUUUUUUACUUCAUUUUUUGUUGUUGUUAAGUUAAUAAUGACCUUAAUAUUCGCCUUUUUUAACUAGCAAAAUGGCUUUAUAAAGAGAUAUCUGAGUAGAAAACUCAUCCAACA